CUGCUGUGCACAUCGAAGCGCAGAGAGUCUUGCAGACUGUUAAAAAAGAUACCGGCUUGGAAAUGUUAGCGGGCGGAUUUGGAGUCAACGAGCGGACUGGUGUGCAGGUCUAACCUUCCCUCGGCACUUUUUUUGUCCAAGCAGCGACAGUCAAGUGGGAAAGGCAGCAUAUUUACGCGCUGGCUACGCAGCAUGCCCGAGCUGAACUAGAAGAUACACGGCUAGAGCGCAACACGCACGCGGAACGGCGCUGAGAGCCGGGAGGGAUAUUUACAAUAGAAACUGAAUUCCGUUGUGAAGAAGAAUAGCAGGGGGAGGAGGAGUGAAAGAUAACACUGGAAUGAAGUGGACCCUGGGAUUCCCAGCGUGCUGCGGAGUUGUGACUGAUGGAUGAAUGUGGUCAUCUGUAGGCUAUAUACAGCGACAGGUACAAACACAGUCGGGGGGCUUUGACAAAGACACGGCGCAGCGCUUCAUCGGCAGCUGCGGUGCAAGAUUGUGUCUCCAAAAACUGCGCCUGGUUAGAUCUGUUUCAUCACACAUCGGAACGUAUAGCCUAGUUGCGUCCACAGAGUAUAAAAGGUCGUGAAGGGCUGUUUUUGUCUCAGCCACAGGUCAACCAGGACACUCGAAGCUGCUUUCCAGACCACAUCAAGAACCAGGGGUUUCUUCACACGUCCUGCGGACAGUUCAGUCAAGGACAAGGGGGUCUGGAGGAGGGUUUAAGAACUCGGACAGAAGGACAUGUAUCUGAUAUCGACCUCACAUGCUCCUGACUGAUCGUAGCUCACCUUCCCACCGGGCGAACCACAGAUAAAGGCUGCCAGGCGCACUGCGCGACGCUCUGAGUUAUUGGCUCAUUCUUCGCACAUUUAUCAGAAUGGCGGUACUUGGUUGUUGGAAGUAUUACCUGUGGAUCUUUAUUUUAAUAUGCAGGUCGGCGUUAUCUUCAGCAAAAUCGCUGGAUACUAUAAUUUGGAGCUCGCAGAAUCCCAAGUUUCUGCCUGGAAAGGGCCUGGUGAUCUAUCCAGACAUUGGGGACAAGCUGGAUAUAAUCUGUCCCAAAGCAGACCAGGGCAGAGACUAUGAGUAUUACAAGCUGUACCUGGUGAAGAGGGAGCAUGCAGAAAGCUGCAGUACGGUCCUUGAUCCCAAUAUCCUGGUUAACUGUAACAAGCCCGAGAAGGACAUCAAAUUCACCAUCAAAUUCCAGGAGUUCAGCCCAAACUACAUGGGCCUGGAGUUCAAGAGGAACGCCAACUACUACAUCACCUCAACCUCCAACGGUACGGCCGAGGGCCUGGAGAACCGGGAGGGAGGCGUGUGCAAGAGCCGUGCCAUGAAAGUCAUCAUGAAAGUCGGACAAGUCCCAAACGCUGCAAACCCCUCGGCUCCAGAGGAUCCAGAUGACAACACCAUACAGGAGUCCACUCCUAGUCCACCUAUACAGGGUCCGAUUGGACCUGAGAUCCCACGAAACCCUGAUCACAUGAAUCAGGACCAGGGCUCCUCACCAAACUCAGACGGCAUCCUCGGCUCCAAAGUGGCCGUGUUCUCUGCCAUAGGAGCUGGCUGUAUCAUUUUCCUUGUGCUCAUCCUGCUCCUUGUCAUCCUGCUCAUUAAGAUGCGCAAGCGUGGCAGGAAAAAUGCUCACUCGCAGCCCCGCCCAUCGGCACUGUCACUCAGCACGCUGUCCAAUCCCAAGCUGCCCGGGGGCACGGCUGGCACGGAGCCCAGUGACAUCAUCAUUCCGCUGCGGACAGAGAACAACUACUGCCCUCACUAUGAGAAGGUGAGCGGCGACUAUGGCCACCCCGUCUACAUUGUCCAGGAGAUGCCCCCACAGAGCCCUGCCAACAUCUACUACAAAGUCUGACAUGCUCCAAACAGCCAGCGACACAGCCGGGACAGAGAACGAGAGGAGUGCUUGAUUUAUGUUCUUGGGAAGAACACUUUCCUUUGCAUCAUGGGGACUUAAUGCUUCUUCAAGCCCCUGUUAUUUCUACCACCUGCUGCACAAAUCUGGAGAGACACACACUGACCAGUAACCAGUGGGGUUGUGAGCUGAUUGAUGAGAGGGGUUCAUUCUGUUUGUUUGGGUUGUCUGCCAACCCCCCCACCCUCCCCCACCCUCUACGUCUCCCUGCUGUGCUUUGACAGGGGGCGAGGCUGGAGCGAACAAACAAAUGGAAGUCUUGCUGCCUGGUUCGCUGUCCCCUUUAAUGGGCAGGACAUAACUUAUCUCAGUUCCCUGAAGUACAGUCUGUGCUACACCCAAUUAAACACACCAUCUUAGCACACUAGCCAGAAACAGGCAGACACAGGCCCCGAAUGCCAUUAAGCCUGCAGUUUGUGUGCAAGCCUAAAACACGAGUGUGUGUGUGUGUGUGUGUGCCUGCGUGCACGCGUGCAUGUGUGCUAGUCAGGGCUCCUUGCUGGGCCAGGAAACUCUCCAGAUAGCUCAGGUAUCAGACGCAGUGUGUGAAAUAAUGUGCUCCUCUCCCUUCGCACCUCUGAUGUUUGCCUUACUUAGUAUUUUUGAUGGAGGAUUUCCUUGAACCCUGAUUCAGUUCAAAAAAGCAGUUGUAUUUUGUUAGACUUUUCCUACAAGUGCACAAUGUAUAGAGAUGAAUAAGUCAUCAUUAUUACUCCAUCUUCUCACCACCGACGUCAUCUGUCGCGCUCGUUUUGUUUCCUGAGAGGUACCUUGACCUGGACUGUUGAUGUUGAGGUGUGUAUGUGCACGUGUGCCUGUUUCCACUGGUCUGAUAUCAGCUUUACUAUUACUUUGCUACUUAUGACCCACUUUUGCGUAUCAUACAAUGUAUGUCCCCUGUGAGUGUGUGUGGGUGUGUUUUUGUAUGGGUUGUAUUUGGGCAUGACCAGACCUGUCUCGUUCCUCAGCAGACUUAUUGGCUUAGGGGUAAAACAGAAAGUUACUGUAUCACAGGCUUCAAAAGCACGACAGAAGGACUGACUUGCCGACUGACAAACAUGCCCAAGAUCCUACAAAACCCUUCCAGUGCUCCAGUUGGAACCAGUUGAAGGUUUUUUGUAUGUGAUGAGCUUUGGGAAGAUGGUUUUUUAAGACAACAGGCAUGGUGAUAUCUGUUUGUUCUAGUUUCUGGUGCUACAGUGUAAGCAUCAAACAGUUAGUUUGGUGCCUGCUGCCUGGGAGAGGUGGGCGUAGGUUGGACGGUCGGCACUCAUUGGCUGGUCUACAUAGGUAGAAUGCCCUAUAUAUAAGUUGGAUGCUGAGCUAUGGAUGAACAUUGGAAUACAGCAUCGUCAGAUGCCAAUUGGCUGCCAUCUGUUGAUGAGUUAGUGGAGUGCACAGUCAGUGGCGUCGCCAGCGUGUGACUAAUCUAUGUGCCAUCUCUGUGCCCACAUUCAGCAGCCGGGGAGGAGAGAGAGCGAGCGGCGGAUAAAGGAGAAAAUGUUCCUGUGACUUGGCUUUAACCUGAGAGGAGGAUGAAAGAGGGAAAGGA